CGUACAGAGAGGAAGUGUUGAAAUGUGCAAUAACAUUCUGUUUCAAAUUCACGAUUUUGACAAUUCCGAGUUGUUUUAAAUUCGCAUAUCAAAGACCCUUGUUCAGAGCAAUCUUAGGGAUCAAUUGAACUGUCCGAAAUGAUCCGAUCCAUCGCUGAAAAGGGUAUUUUAGGUAUGUAAAGUUUCAACGGUUUCUGAAGAAUAGCACCAACGAGCCAGCGGUGUUUUUGUGGGUGUAGACAGUAGAAUCGCCCGGGCGCGGAGGCGGGCUACGGACUUGAGCUGACGGUCUCGAAGAAACACCGACUCAAAAAUGAGGUUUAACGAGCAUUUGGGAACCCAUAUCACGCCAGAAUGGCGCAAACAAUACAUUAAAUAUGAGGAACUGAAAAAUUUACUGUACCGAGCUCAGGAAGAAGCCCCAGACCCUGAGGUGGUCGGGGCAGCUAUGGUGGAGCGACACUUCUCAAAAUUUGAGGAGAAAUUUCUCAAGCUUUGUGAGAAGGAACUGACCAAAAUUAACACAUUCUUUUGCGAGAAGGAAGCUGAAGCCACACGCCACUUUGCGCAGCUUAACGAUGAGCUGCGGCAGGUUGAACCACAGACCGUCACGAACAGCGCAUUGAUUCGACGGCGGAAAAGUUCCAUGUUCCUAGCCAAUGACAACGAGCUGAAGGUGACGAAGAAUGUCCGGCGGAAAGUGAGCGACCUGAAGCUGGCCUUCAGCGAGUUCUACCUCAGUCUCAUCCUGCUGCAAAAUUACCAGAAACUGAACUUCACAGGGUUUCGCAAGAUUCUCAAGAAACAUGAUAAGAUGUUGAAGACAGAACGAGGCGUUGAGUUCCGGGAAUCCAAAGUGGAGUCAGCGCCGUUCUACACCAGCAAGCAGAUUGAUCAUCUUAUCCUAGAAACAGAGACGUCUUACAUCAAUGAUCUUGAGGAAGGUAACAGACAGAAAGCAAUGAAUAAACUACGAGUGCCACCUCUUGGGGCCAAGAGUACCAAUUGGACCACGUUCCGGAUGGGGCUUUUCACAGGAAUCUUUGUGGUUCUUAUUGUACUUAUUAUCCUGGCAGGAAUCUUCAUCCCGAUCAAGGAGGACUUCUGGCCGGCCGUGAAGAUGUACCGUGGGAUGUUUCUUAUCAUCUUAAUCAUCUUCUUGCUUGGGCUGAAUACCUACGGCUGGAGAAAGUCUGGCGUUAAUCAUGUACUCAUCUUUGAAUUAGACCCAAGGAAUAAUCUUUCACAUGAAGAUUUUAUUGAGAUGGCGAUGUUCUUUGCGGAUCUUUGGGCGUUAAGCAUUCUAGGUUUCAUCUACUGUAAUUUACUGUCCAAUGUCUCUGGGUACAUCAGCCCACUUGUACUGGCUGGUGUUAUGCUCCUAUUCCUUAUCAACCCCAUCAAGACAUUCAACCACAGAGCAAGAUUUUGGCUCCUGAAAAUCUCGACGCAUAUACUGGUGGCGCCGUUUCACGCUGUUGGUUUUGCAGACUUUUGGCUGGCCGAUCAACUUAAUAGCUUAGCGACGGUGUUGUUAGACCUAGAGUUUCUCAUUUGUUUUUACGCCUGCGAAGUUAGCUGGCUAACCCACACCUGUGCUUUCGAAUGCAACACCUACUCGUAUUAUGCAAGAGCCAUAGUGGCCUGUCUUCCAGCCUGGUUCCGCUUUGCGCAAUGCUUACGGAGGUACCGCGAUACUCGAAAGGCUUUCCCGCAUCUUGUUAACGCUGGAAAGUAUUCCACGACUUUCUUUGUGGUCGUGUUCGCCUCCAUCGCUUCUUCCACAAAAGAAAAUUACUCAGCCUUUUAUCUGAGUCCGUAUUUUUACUUCUGGGUGAUGAGUGCCUUCAUUAGUUCUUGCUACACGUUAACGUGGGAUCUUAAAAUGGACUGGGGAUUGCUGGAACGAUCUGCAGAGAAUAAACUACUUAGGUCAGAGAUUGUCUACGCUGAUAAGUAUUACUAUUUUGGAAUGAUAGAGGACUUUUUACUGCGCUUCACGUGGACAAUCACGGUAUCCAUUGGUCAGUUAGAUUUAGUGCAUGGAGACAUCUUGCUGAGUCUUUUGGCGCCCCUAGAGGUCUUCAGGAGAUUCGUUUGGAACUUCUUCCGUCUUGAGAACGAGCAUCUGAAUAACUGUGGUCAGUUCCGCGCCGUGAGAGACAUCUCCAUCAAACCAGACAAGGAGAAAGAAGAAGAGAAUCCAAAGAGUAUGGAGGCCAUGAUGGACGAAGAGAGCCAGGUGCCUCUCCUCAAACACAAGGAGAGUAAAGGGGAAGUAAGAUUCGAUGAAGCCAUUUUACGACAGCGAAUCCUGUCAUCGGAGAGCAAUGUUUCGAACGAAAACAAAAACAAUAAUCCAGAGAGGGAACGUUUUCACGUCAAUCAAAGUUGCAACUCAACGAGCAGGAUAAGGUUCCAACUUGGCGAUGACGACGAUAAUGGACAGGAAGAGGCAUUAGUAUGAGGAAGGGAAGACUUCUGCUGUCCGACGAGAUGUUUGUCGGAUGAUCGGAACUUCCAGCAACUGGAAAAAUAACAAGUGUGGAUCAUCGGUGUCGUCUUUUAUUUUCUCAGGGAUGAGAAAAUUCAGACGUUUAUCUGAAUUCAGACUUGUUUAAAGACUGCCUGGUGAAAUAAGUCGUGCUAUUUGAUCUACUUCUCUAUGCGGAGGAAACUGUUCCUAGAAGCUCCUUGGAAUCUAUAGAUCCAGGGUUGAUAACAAUGUGGACAUGCCAUCAUCUAAAUGUUCCUCCUUAGAUCUGGAUUUCUGUUUUAGACUUUUUUUUGUCAGGAUUGAC